GUGACAGAGUGUCAGAAAAGUGUAGAAAGUAAUUGGACGUCGAUGAAUUUUCUGUUCAAAAAAUAUGUAUGAAAUAGACUCACAAUUUCAUACACAUUCUCAACAAGGUUUAUCCACUUGUAUCGUAAUGUCUAAACUCUAAUCACGAAAACAUAACGUCAUCAGUAAUAAGCCGCAGUUCGUCUACCUACCACAUUGGGAGAGAACUGCUCAUUUUAGUUGGAAUAGGUAGCUGACAAUCGGUAUAAAAUGCGUCCCACAAUCAGUCGGUAGGUGAAAGGUUAUCAUUAAGGCUUGUAGCAUUUCGGAGCAGUCGAAAUAGUCCGCGUAGUGUGGUUUCGAAUCUUCGCGUACGCAGUUAGUUAGCUCCAACAUGCUGUCACAGACCCAAUUGGUGCGCUUCCUGGCCCGAUUUUGCCGGCAGCAGCAGCACCUGGCCAAGGCCAACCUAUCGUCCGGAGGUGGAUUGGAAAAGUCCAAGACAAUUAACUACGACAAGAUUGGAAUCGUUGGAGUGCCGUUCGAGAAGGGCCAACGGAAAAAAGGUGUUGGCUUGGGACCGAAGGCAAUCCGGGAAGCUGGCCUCAUCGACAGUCUGCAGGAAGUUUCACACAAGCUGGACAUCCGUGAUUAUGGUGACAUCCACUACGAGGCGUUGGAUCUGAGAGGCAGAACAGCGGUGAACAUGAAGAAACUCGAACACGUGGCGAGCUGCACGCAAGUUCUUUCGGAUCGAGUGGCCCAGGUGCUGAGAGAGGAUCGACUCUGUUUGACACUGGGAGGCGACCAUGCGAUUGCGAUUGGCUCGAUUGACGGACACUUGAAGCACUGCAGCGAUGUGGGUGUGAUCUGGGUGGAUGCGCAUGCCGAUUUGAACACAAAUUCGACGUCGCCAUCGGGAAAUAUCCACGGAAUGCCGAUGGCGCUGCUGGCGAAGGAGUUGGCGGACUACUGGCCGUACAUUCCGGGGAUGGAUUGGCAGAAGCCAAUCAUUUCGGUGAAAAAUUUAGUUUACAUCGGACUCCGCUCGGUGGAUUCGUACGAGCGGGUGAUUAUCGAGAAGUUCGGGAUACACGCGUUCGGAAUGCGUGAGGUUGAGCAGUAUGGAAUCCGUGAAGUGAUGAAGAUGGCCCUGCAGCGAAUCGAUCCGGAGGGGAAGAAAAGUUUGCACGUGAGUUACGAUAUCGAUUCGCUGGAUGUGUUGGAGGCUCCCAGCACCGGUACCGGUGUGCGAGGGGGGCUUACCUUGCGAGAAGGUAUUUAUAUUAUGGAAGAAGCCUAUAACACUGGCCGACUGGCUGCGGUGGAUCUGGUGGAAGUGAAUCCCGCUAUUGGGACGCCCGAAGAUGUUAAGAAAACUGUGGAUGCUGCUAUUCACCUGCUGGCUGCCGCCUGUGGUAAUGAUCGACGAGGGAACAUUUCAGAUUCAUUAGAUUUAAUCGGAGCUGAUAGUUUUAUAAAAUAAAGUAUGUUCGAUGCAACAGAAAA